UAAAGAACCAUAAACCCUAAAUAGCCCUACCCUGUCAAAUGGAAUUGUAAAACAGUUUCGAUAGUCACCAUAGAUAGAUUCAGAGAUUUCGCCAAAAUAAAUAAAUAACAUUGAUUUCAAGCAUUUGCAACAACCAACGCCAUCCACGUUUUCAGUGAAUAGCAGAUGGAUCCCUUUGCAGCACACGAAGAGCAACUUGCUUCCCAGAGAAUGAGGCAAAAGCUUGAAGAAGUAAAUGUGGCUGCUCAAACUAAUCUCGCCCCUGUGCAAGACCAUGUCAAUUUUAGUCUUCAGAAAGCCUAUUUUAAAUGUGCGCACGAGUGCUUUGAUAGAAGCAAAAGGCAGGAGGAGAUAAGCAAUUGUGUCGAAAAUUGCAACAUACCUCUUAAUAAUGCUCAACAGACAUUUGAUGCUGAGAUGGGAAGGUUUCAGGAAAGGUUGAAUAGAUCUCUGAUGGUGUGCCAAGAUAAGUAUGAGGCAGCUAAGCUCCAGCGUACUGAAGCUAAGCAUGAUUUGCUUUCAUGUGCUGAUAAAGCAAUCCAGGAGAGUAUCGAGACUCUGCCACAUCUUGCCAACAAGUUGAAAUCUUCCUUGGGAAUUAGGGACAAUGACUUCAUGUAGCAUACUCUCCUAGUGGGAUAUUAUUAUUGUUAUUGAUUCCUUGUAGCUUUUUUAUUCAUCCAUACAUUUAACCCCAUAUGCAAAUCAAAUUGGGUGCAAUUAAAUCUUGCCCCUCAAACAAAUCAUAAGGGUAUUUUACUCAAUAUUUGAGAAAUUCAGUCAACUGGUGGAUGCUGUAAUUUGCAAAAAAAGGUUUAGCUGAACA